AUGAGCCGAGCAGCAGCCUAUGUACACGGCCACGUGUACACCGUGGACGAGAAGCAGCCAUGGGCUGAGGCAUUCAUUGUAUCCGCAUCAGGCCACUUCGAAGCAGUUGGAACAAAUAACGAGGUUCUAGAUCUGGCCAAGGAACAGAGUCUGUCCAUCCAUGACUUGAAUGGUGUCUUCGUGAUGCCCGGGAUCCACGACGCACAUACCCACCUCCUACUAGCCUCGAUGCAGAAGCUCAAUGAAAUUGAUAUCGGAUCAGAGAGUACAGCCGCCACCAUUGCGGCGAAUAUCAAAAAAGGACAGUCUGCUUGUGUCUGUGCCCAAAGCCACGUUCGGGGAGACUGGCUCAUUGCAAACUUCUACGCUGGAGAGAACUUCCCGGACGGGAAGAUGGACCGCAAGUACCUGGAUGAUGCGUUCCCGGACCGACCAUUACUCAUUCGUGAUAUAUCGUGCCACAAUGUUGUCCUGAAUAGUGCCGGCCUGGGGAGAGCUGGCUACGAUGCUCAGGAUAAAGAGGACCCUCCAGGCGGGAAGUACGUACGCCGACCAAACGGGAGUCUGACAGGGGAGUUGGUAGAAGCAGCCACAGCCCAGGCUUGGACUAGGCUCCCUCAACCACCAGUCUCGUUCGUAAAGGAAGCCAUCCUGUACGGGAUACGCAUGUCUCAUAGAUUUGGAAUCACUUCGGUGCAAGAGGCGUCCGCAAACACAGUCUAUCUACAUGUCUUGCGCGAGUUGGAGCAGGAAAACCAACUCCGGAUGCAGAUUUUCCCUCAUAUUGUUCAUGCGCCGGAGACAUUUGCUGCUGAAGGCCAAGAGACAUUGCACCGGUUAAUUGACGUUGCUGAGGAAUUUUCUAGCGAGCAUGUUGACGCUCGGUUCGUCAAGUUCUGGAUGGACGGUGCUCCGAUACCACCCCAUUUUACACACUGUGAUUUGGGCCCUGAUGGUUCCCCUGACGAGGAUAAGUUACUGGUGGGUUUCGAUACAUUGCUAAGUGCCUUGACGCAGCACGAUUCAAGAGGCAUGACCUGUAAGAUUCAUUGUGCCGGGGAAGGUUCUGUCAGGCGAGCACUGGACGUACUGCAGAUAGUCCGGCAAUCGAAUCCUACAGGCCCGCGUCAUGAACUGGCACACUGUAACGCGAUUCAAAGAGAUGAUAUUCCCCGAAUGGCAAAACUCCGAAUCACAGCCGAGAUGUCACCAGCAAUAUUCCACGAUACAAGCCUGACAGCGCACUUUCCACAUAUCUUCCAAUGGCCGUUCAAGGAGCUGAACGACGCAGGAGUUCAUGUUACUGUGGGUUCUGACUGGAUCCUGCCUCCAACACCGGACAUCUUCCCUGCAUUGGCAGCAAUCGUGGAAAGAUUUGGUCCGGAGCCAGGCAAAACAGCAAAGGAAGUUGGGGGAGAGAGGAUCUGUCGCAUAAUCACGCUUUCUGGUGCGGAGGCAGUAGACAAGGCAAUGGAGAUGGGCAGCAUUCGAGUUGGCAAACAGGCGAAUUUUAUAGCCGUUGAUCGAGACUUGAGCCGCGGUGAAUUUGCCGACGCGAAAGUGCUGAAAACGUGGUUCCAGGGAGAGGUUGUCUGGGAGGAUGAAUUGUCUGAUCUUGUUCUGGCAGCUUUACCUUGA